UUAUUUACCUGUCAAUAAAACAUAAAUCAUCAAGGCUGAAAAGCGAGAGGGAGCGAACAAAAAACACUGAAAACAUUACAAUUUUCAGCACAAUUUACGAAAGUAGAGUCGCCUUGGCUUCCAUCCUUGUGCUGUGGAUAAUAGUAUUCAUUUGCGUAACACCAGCAUCGCCGCGUGUGGAUCGAAUCUAAUCUCCCAUCACAAUGACGAUAAUGGAGCGCAUUCGACAGUCGUACUGGUUCGAGACACUUCCCCGAAGAACGAUUCUAGCGACGUUGGUAGCAUCGCUGCUGUUCUUUUCCGGCUGGUGGAUCAUCAUCGAUACAGCAUCCACCUAUCCAGAAUCGUUUAACUUUUCCUACUACAUCUGCGGCAUCCUGGCGACGAUUAGCUUCAUCAUAGUGAACGCUAUUUCAAACGAUCUGCUGCACAGUUCGGGUGCUUACACCAAUGGCAUACUGAACGCGGGCACCGCGAAGCUGUUCCUGUUUGCUGGGUUCGUGCUCGGCUUUACCUCGAUCAUUGCCGCCAUCUGGAUCAUGAUUGCGGAGUUCGCGGUGAACGAAUCGCGAACCGACAAGUACCCGGGCUACGCACUGCUGAUACAGAACAUUUUCAUCUUCCUGUCCACGCUCAUCUACAAGUUUGGUCCACCGUCGGAGAACGAAUAUUUUAACGAAUACUAACGAGUGGGUUAGCAAUGAUCUGGCCUGGUCGUAGGACGAGACGACGGCAUCUACCAUUCAUCAUUCAGGCUUGGGUAACGUUCGUACUUUAAUCAAUGCCUCCCCUUUAAACCAUCCGGAGACGAGUCGUUUUUGCAAGUGGACGGCGCUUAACCCACGGUCGCUUUCCCACAUUCGAAUAUGAUAAGAACGAACCCAACGUUUUGAUUACUUCGUAUCAUCUUCUUUUUCUUGAUAAGUAUGUCUAGCACGCGCGAAUGUCUCUUAACGGGCGCUACUUUUUGAAUGAUUCCCGCGGCCGGACUAGCCGUGCCGUCACGCAGCGAGAGAUUGUGAAAAUUUAGUGCGCGUGUGCAUCUCGUUUAUGUAAAUGCUCUUCUCCCCCUGCCCCCGAAAUCCUAACCCGAACAAAAGUAAGUGUAAACAAUAAACACAAGUAUCGUUUAUUUAUAUAUAUAUACUCAAA